AUGGCUUGGCGCAGCUCUGGCUCCUCAAAUGAAUCUCUUAUAACAAAUCUCCGGCGCAACGGACUCAUAGAUUCGGAUCGCGUGGAACAAGCCAUGCUCAAGGUCGACCGUGCGCAUUAUGCACCCUCGAGGCCGUACGAAGACUCGCCUCAGACUAUAGGUCACCGAGCGACCAUAUCAGCACCACACAUGCACGCAUCAGCUUGCGAGAACCUCCUAGAUUAUCUCAAGCCCGGUUCGAAAGUCUUGGAUAUCGGCUCCGGCUCCGGCUAUCUGACCGCGGUAUUGGCCAAUCUCGUUGUACCCAGCGGUACAGUGGUGGGCAUUGAUCACAUCCAGCCGCUGGUUGACGUGGCCAAGGCAAACAUGGCCAAAUCUGAGGAAGGAAGGAAGAUGCUGGAAACAGGGCAAGUCAAAUUUGUCCUUGGAGAUGGACGUCGAGGCUGGCCAGAGGAAGCACCGUACGAUGCGAUACACGUCGGUGCGGCAGCGGCGGAACACCACAAGGAGCUCACUGAGCAAUUAAAGGCCCCAGGUCGUCUGUUCAUUCCCGUUGCAGAGGGCGAUCGACAGUAUAUCUUCGUCGUGGACAAGAAGGAGGAUGGUACCGUGGAACGGAAGAAGCUCUUCGGCGUCCAGUAUGUGCCUCUAACAGACGCGCCCAAGUAA